AUGGACGUCGUCGCGGCCGCCUCGGGGUACAUCUCCAAGAUGGUCACGGUGGGUGAGUCGGCAGGAGCGUCGUCAUCCAAGAUGAAGAUCUUGCUUCUUGAUAGUGAGACAGUCCCUAUUGUUUCGACCGCCAUUACCCAAUCCGCCCUUCUCAAUCAUGAGGUCUACCUCAUCGACCGCUUAGACAACGUCGCGCGCGAGAAGAUGCGACAUCUGCGAUGCCUGUGCUUCGUGCGCCCAUCACCCACCUCUAUUCAAUUUUUGAUCGACGAGCUUCGAGAACCUAAAUAUGGCGAAUAUUACAUCUACCUUAGCAACAUCAUCCGAAAAUCCGCCCUCGAGCGGCUUGCAGAAGCGGACAGCCACGAGGUCGUGCAGUCGGUCCAGGAACAGUUUGCCGACUUCCUCGUUAUCAACCCGGACCUUUGCUCUUUGGGGAUGGGUUUCCCAUUGCAACGGAUAUGGAGCCAUUCACCAGACUUAUGGAACCCGGAUUCACUACAAAGAGCCACGGAGGGGGUCCUGGCCCUGCUUCUCGCGUUGAAGAAGAACCCCCUUAUUCGCUAUGAGAAGAACAGCCUAUUGGCCCGGAAAUUGGCGACGGAGGUCCGAUACCAUAUCACGCAGGAGGAGCAGCUAUUUAAUUUCCGCCGGACGGAUACACCGCCUAUCCUGCUCGUUCUUGACCGCCGCGAUGAUCCCAUCACCCCGUUGCUUACCCAGUGGACGUACCAGGCGAUGGUACAUGAGAUGCUUGGUAUCAAUAAUGGCCGCGUUGAUCUGCAGGAUGUGCCAGACAUCCGACCAGAACUGAAAGAGAUUGUCUUGGCUCAGGACCAGGACCCGUUUUUCAAGAAGAAUAUGUAUCAGAACUUUGGUGAUCUGGGCCAGAACAUUAAAGAAUAUGUGGAGCAGUACCAAACCAAAACCCAAAGCACUGCGAAUAUCGAGUCCAUUGCGGAUAUGAAACGUUUUGUGGAGGAUUAUCCCGAAUUCCGCAAGCUGGCAGGUAAUGUGAGCAAGCACGUUACCCUGGUGGGCGAACUCAGUCGGCGCGUCGGCGAGGAUACCCUUCUCGAUGUGAGCGAGUUGGAGCAGAGCCUGGCAUGCAAUGAUAACCACUCCAAUGAUCUUAGGUCACUACAACGUAUCAUCGCGCUACCAAACGUGCCCUCAGAUAAUAAGCUGCGCCUAGUGGCUCUCUACGCCCUUCGCUAUGAUAAGCAACCCAAUAGCGCGCUGCCAAUUCUCCUUGAUCUCCUCGUCACAGCGGGCGAAGUCUCAUCUAACCGCGUAAAUAUCAUCCCCAAGCUCCUUGCCUAUCACCACUCCCUCCAAGCCCCUCCAGUCGCAGGCGGGUUCUCCGACCUCUUCGAAUCAACCUCCUUCUUCUCCGGCGCAAGCAGCCGCUUCAAGGGCCUUAAAGGCGUCGAGAACGUCUACACCCAACACUCCCCUCGACUGGAAGUGACUCUCCAAAACCUCAUCAAAGGCCGCCUGAAGGAACUGCAAUACCCCUUCCUUGAGGGUAGUGGACACACGCGGGACAAGCCGCAAGACAUCAUCAUCUUUAUGGUUGGCGGCACCACAUACGAGGAGGCCAAGAUGGUAGCGCAGGUCAAUGCCAGCUCCCCAGGCGUGCGAGUCGUUCUCGGCGGCACUUCCAUUCAUAACAGUGCAACCUUCUUGGAAGAGGUUGACGAUGCAGUGGGCAGUUGGCCCGAACCAGGACCUACGACGGCUGCGGGACGGCUGCGACGGGAGGUGGGACGAUAA